AUUGUGACAUUAUCUGUGCAACUUUUCAUUCGUCGUCGCUGACGGUCGAAUAUUUGUUGUUAUUUUUAUUUUCUACUUUUUUUCUGUGUAGAAUUUAUGUAAAAAUAUCUGUGAAAUUGGUUUCACUAUGUCUGAAGAUAAUUUAACUAUGAGUGAUAACUCAGACAUCGAGGAAGGCGGGAAUGCUGAGCUUCGUGGAUAUCUGAGUAAAUGGACAAACUAUAUCCACGGUUGGCAGGACAGGUUUAUUGUUUUGAAGGAUUCAACUUUAUCCUAUUACAAAAGCGAAUUAGAGAGCAAUCUUGGAUGUCGCGGUGCCUUAUGUCUGAAAAAAGCCAAAGUUAAGCCCCAUGAGUUUGACGAUUGUCGUUUUGAUGUUUCCGUCAGUGAUUGCGUGUGGUACUUGCGAGCUUCGAAUCCCGAGGAGAAACAGCAAUGGAUUGAUGUUUUGGAGUCAUUUAAAGUGGAGUCGGGAUAUGGCACAAGCUCAGACAGCAGUUCCAACGGCGGCGGUUUGCGGCGUCACGGGUCCGUCACAUCCUUACAGUCAACGGGUUCUCAUGGACGCACAUCGCGCCGGCUGGCCGAAAAGAUAGCCGAACUGGACACAUAUGGCGAACUACUUUCAAAACAGUCGACACAACUGCAACAGUACUUUGACAUGUGCGUGGCCAAGCUACCGGAAAUCGGAGACGACGUGACCGAAGCUAUCGACGCUGUUGAGUUGGCUGAUGGUAACCCGCUUAGCCUCCACGCAGGCGAAGUGCGCGCGACGAGCACGUCGUUCAAGGCGACGGUGGGCGCGACGCUGAGCACGCUGCAGCACUGCGCCUCGCUCAUGCGCCGCCGCGAGCGCCAGGCGCGCCAGGCCGAGGAGCUGUACAUGGCUUUGAAGAACCAACUAACAGAAGCAAGGUUGGCGUCAAAACCAGGGCCUGAUCACGAGGAGGGACCGCACUCUACUUUGCCCGACGAUGAGUUCUACGAUGCCGUGGAGACAGGAUUUGACAAAAUGGAAGAAGAGCGGUGCGCCCGCGUGGUGUCACCUACCGUACACACGCGAGACCAAGUCGACCUACCGCCCCCUGCUAUUGAUAACCGGCUCACCGUGCACCCGCUGUGGACUGAGAUCGACAGGAUAUCGACGGAGCAGAUUCAAGCCGCGUUCGAGGACGUCGGAGGCGGCAAUGGUUGGCAGUUAUUCGCUGAAGAAGGCGACAUGAGGAUGUACAGGAGAGAGGUAGAAGUGGACGGGAUGGUGAUGGAUCCCUUGAAGGCGAUGCACAAAGUGCGCGGAGUGUCGGCGCGCGAGAUGUGUCACUACUUCUUCAACCCCCGCUACCGGUACGAGUGGGAAACGACACUAGAGAACAUGAACAUAGUGGAGGAAAUAUCGUCAGACGCGAUGGUGUUCCACCAGACGUUCAAGCGCAUCUGGCCCGUUUCUCAACGUGACGCGCUCUUCUGGUCGCACGUGCGAGCCUCCGACGACGACACGUAUGCGGUCAUCAACCAUUCCACCACCAACCCCGACUAUCCGGCCAACGCCAGCGGCUGCAUCCGUCUGUUCGUGACGGUGUGCCUGGCGUGCCGGAGCACGUACCCCGCGGGCGAGCAGCCCACCCGCGAGAACAUCACCACCAGCAUCGCCUACUGCAGCACAGUGAACCCCGGGGGCUGGGCGCCGGCGGGCGUGCUGCGCGCCGUGUAUAAGCGCGAGUACCCGAAGUUCCUGAAGCGCUUCACCGGCUACGUGGUCGACCAGUGCCGGGGCAAGCCGCUCGCCAUCUAGCGUCCGCUGACCGCUCACACACCCCAGCCAGGGAACUGUCACGUGACUUCCGACUGUGACCCGAGUGGACUGUAUGUUAAUCAAUGCUACGAGUACAUGUCGUGUGACACUUGCGUACCCGGAGAUUUCAACAAUCAAAAGCUGUUAGAGACGCGUUCACAAAGUUUUCGGCUCGCGGUGAAACUAACACCCGUGUUUUAGAACGAAGAGUUCGAACUGUGGCCGGCGAUAAGAUUAAUAUGAACGCGCUCUAAUGUCUUCGGUGUUUACUUGUCAUAAAAAAGCAUCGACAAAGACCUACGUCUGAAUAAUACAAAUGUCUUCUGCUUUAAAAUGAAGUGACCACGUAUUAUGCACAUACAUUAUACAGAUAUUGUUUUUAUUUUAUCGUCGAGCUCUUCCUCCGAACUGAAAUCUUUCAAGGUAUUUUUGAGAUUUAUGACUGGUUUAGGCUACGAACUUUACGUAAAUAUAAUGUUGGGAAAAAAUACAUUAGUCGUCAACACAAUUCCCAACGGUCUUACGUUAUGUAGUAUAUCAAGUGUAUGGUUCAUUGAAGGGAUCAACGGCCGUUACAUGCGGCAUGUGAGGUAAAUUCCUAUUUGUAUUAUAUGCACGUAGAUAUAGUCAACAAAAACAAAAUAACUAUAGUAGACGUACACUGUUGAAGAUUAAAUAUUGACGUAGUUUUGCUAGCAGACAUAGACGAAAGAAAAAUAUAAUUUAUGCCGCGUGAAUGGCAAACGUGCUAGGGGUAGGAUUCGUAUGAGAUGGUUGAACGCUAUAAAGAGGUCGGCUGGUGGCAGUCUGCACCGUGCAGUCCUUGUGACCGCUCAAAAUUGAGACAAAUCACAGAUGGUCGCCAUCCUCAGCAAUGAGGCAACGAGCAAGAAAAUGGUGUUGCAAGGCGCUGUACUUUUUGUGACAUAAAAAUUACCAAAUUAUAGCACGAAGACAAUUUAGUUACCACGACCGUACGACUACCCGGCUGCGCCAUCUAGUUCAGAAUGACUUCAGAUAUUGAAGCCACUACACGUUUUCUUCGACUGUUUACGUCCACUAUAGUUAAAUUUUGUAUGUAAUCAGGUUAGAUCAUUAUUUAAUUGUUGUAAAUUGUAAAGGUGUUAUGUGUGUCGCACAUGGGUGUAGUCAGUUGAGAUUUUCUCGGUUUUCGUCGGUUUAGUGUGAUGACAUGAUGAGUUACAGAUCAGUUCAUUUACAUUCGAUCGAAAUCACCGGGCUGUCAAAUGGGCCCUCACACAAGGAACAGUUUGUUUACUAAUUUGGCCAUUCUAAAAGAUUUUUUCUGCUAUAUACCGCAGAGGUUUCAGGCACCGAGGUUUGAACCCACGAUAUUUGACCACCACACACACAUAUGAAAGGUUAAAUAAUCGCAAAUUAAUCAAAAACGUGAGUGGUUUGAAUGUAAAUGAACAGGAGUGUACACUCAGUUUGUUGUACCUGAUUAUCGCACAACUCGUCCGGCGAUCAGUCUUGAUAAUGAUCUCGUUUUAGGAUUGCGACGCGCAUUUUUAAGGCCAGAUUUUAUAAAGGUCCUUUAGAUCACUUAGAUGUAUGUCAGCAAGUGAAGUAAAAAAUGUACUGAUUAUUUGAUUUAUCAUAAGCCUUAAUAGAUAAGGGAUCCUUAUAAAACCGAGGCUUAUACUACUUAUCUAUGGAUUUAUGUUAUAUAAAUGUUAACUGAAAUUUCGUGUAGGGACUAUACUAAACGCAAACCAACCUGAUGACCGGUGUCGUAAAACUUCUCAUUCACAUUUGCAUGGACAUAGCAGCAGUGAAAGAGGCAGUAAUAAAUAUGGCCGCGGUCGUCAGUUUGGUUUGCGUAUAGUACAGUGUGUUCCCAUGUACGUUCUCCGUGUUGUAUAAGAAACGUACUUGUUCGAAAAAUGUUUCCUCAGCAAUACUGGUCAUUAGCAUACCUUAUGUCUUUGCGAUAAGGUUUACGAUUUAUCAGUUAACUGCGUGCCUAACCUAUCGGUACAGUACAUCUCUUAUAGGCACUACUUUAAUAAUAAUUUGCGCAGGACGGAGAAAAUUUAAAGAACCUCGAUAAUAAAAAGUAAGAAUUACCGCUUAAUUUUUUUUAAUGCAACGACCGUCGUUUCGUAUUCAGAAACUACAUUAUUUAGUUUUAUUCGUUUUCGUGGUGUAAUAUUAUUCCAACGAGUAAAAUAUAUGUAUAUUAUCGUCAUGUUUAAGAUUACAGCGAAUAUGAACAGCGCAAGCUAACUGUACCAGCAUUAUGAACUGUCACUCUUCCAAUCACUAAUCAAACCAGAAUACUGAAUGUAGUUUCAAUUGAUGAUAUGAAUGAUGAUUCCAUGCUGCUUUUACUAUUAUAAUUGAGCACUGACGCAAAGGACGCAAAGCGCUAAAACCCGAGUCAAUACAAUUAAGAAAAGCUAACAGGUUUUACAUUUUAAAUUUACGAACGUAAUUUGUCCAAAUAAAGGCAAUUAUUGAAAUUAUUGAAUGCCAAAUUCCACGAAGUACGAGUAUCCAUGUAUUUUAUAUUAAUAGAUGCUUAUACAUCUGGGCUGGAAACUCAAAGGGAUUAUUGUUAUACCAUAAAUGUUGAAACUAUGAAUGUUUUUGCAUAUAAAUAAUAUUUUAAAGGCACCAUUACAUGUAAAUAAAGAAUGAUACAUACCAAGGGAUUACCCACCUCUCGAUAGCUUUCUCCUUCAUUCAGAUGACACUGGCGGUAACAUGGGCAACUAUAAUAGUUGAAUCCUUAUCAACUGAAUUUAUGUUUUUGAAGUAUAGUCAUACUUCGAAAACUUAAAUUCAGUUGUUGUAUAAAUAAUGAUGCCUUUUUACAUGAUGACGUACGUUAUACCUUAUUUAAGUAGGUAUUCGGUUAAUUCCUUAUAUUGUUAUCAUAGUGGUUCUUUGUAAUUAUGAAACAUACUUUUUGAAGUUACAUAUUAUUUCCAUUCCAGUUGUUUGACGCUGAUAUUGUACAGGAUUUCAUGUAAAUUAAAUCCCGGUUAUAACAAAAUAUUACGGGAUAAUAUAUAAAUUGCAUUUAUAAUAUAUAACGCGAUGUUGGAAUUGUAAUAAGUUAUAUAAUGUAUAAAUAUGUUUUUUAAUUAUUGUUUGUAAUAAAAUGUUUUAUUAUCGAAAAA